GUCAAACUCAAACUCAGUUAAAAGUCAUAACACUCAUAACCUUUAAAUUUAUUUAAAUGAUUUCUAAUUUUUCAUUGAGAACAUUCUAAAUUCUAAUAUUUUAUGUAUAUGUAUAUUUUUUAAUUUAUAUCGUGUGAUAACCAUGACAAAACGUACUUGUCCAUUUACAGAAAAUGAACCAUAUAUAAAAAAACAAACCAUUACACUGGAUAAAUCAAGAGGAAUUCCUUCUUUGUUAUCAGAAAAAACUCUGCAACUUUUGUAUAAGGGAUCUUCAAAACAAUUUCUACCUAUAAAUGGAGAUGAAAAGAGUUUAAUUAUGUGUUUUCAAUGUUCUACGAUUAAAGAUGUCCAAACAAAAUGUAAUUAUUGUGAUAAAAAAUUAUGUUUGAAUUGUGCAAAUACUUGUACAGCCUGUGAUGAAGUUUUUUGUAAAAACUGUUCCUUUCCAAAUUACACAGACAAUUCAUCUUUGUGUUACUCCUGUUAUUAGUUUAAAAUAUGUAAAUUAUUUAUUACUAGCAAAUAUAAUUAAUUGCCAAAUGGAUUUUUGUAACUAGAUAGCUAUUAUUAAAAUUCUUUUUAUAAAAAUAGUUUAUUAGAAUAUUACUUUAAACUAUUUUACUAUGUUUUUCUGUUCAGAACCAUACAGUGAACUAACUAGAAGCUUUGUCAUGAAAUUCAUUUAUCAUAAGUAUAAAUUAAAGCUUGCUACUGGAAUAUAUAAAGUAAAAAUUACAUUAAUCUACAAGCUACAAAGUUUCAUAUGAAUAGGCUAUUCAAAGAUGAAAGUGAAAGAUAUAGGCUUUAUACGAACUUCAAAAAUGUGUUUACCAACACUUAUUCUGUCAAAUGGUGAAUUAAUAAAG